UAGCUACUAACAUCAUAUAAUCAUUCGGGUUUCUCUGGAGUUUAAAACGAAAUUAAAAGAGAGAGAUGUUGAGUGUUAAGAAGGUAGCUGAAUCAUGUGUUAGUAAUAGUAAAUUGGAGCGUAUUCCCUCAAAAUAUAUGUAUUUGAAAAAUAAGAGCGACGAGGACUCCGUUAUUUUGUGUGAUGAAGAAGCUCAGAAUAUUACAAUUCCGACAAUUGAUUUCUCCCACCUUAUCUCUUCCAACCCCACUCAACGUUCCAAGGAAAUCCAACAUUUAGGCCGCGCCUGCACCGACUGGGGUUUCUUUAUGCUAAUCAAUCAUGGGGUGCCGGAGACACUGAGAGAGGAGGUGCUUAGGGCAUGCAAGGGGUUUUAUGAUUUGCCUGAGGAAUAUAAAAAGCAAUAUGAAGGAGGGGACAUAUUUGCUCCAAUAAAGUGUGGGACAAGCUUCAAUGCCAAUGUGGAGAAGACCUUUUUGUGGAGGGAUUAUCUCAAAUGCCAUGUUCACCCUCAUUUUCAUGCUCCAUCUAAUCCCCAAGGUUUUAGAGAAACUACAGAAGCAUACUGCAAAAAGAGUAGGGAAGUGAUUGGAGAGUUGCUAAAAGGAAUAUCAAUAAGCUUGGGACAAGAAGAAAACUACAUACAUAAAGUGAUGAAUAUUGAAUCAGGGUUCCAAAUGAUGGUUGUUAACUUUUACCCACGUUGUCCUAUGCCUGACCAAGCAAUGGGUCUCCCUCCACACUCAGAUCAUGGCCUUCUAACCCUGUUGCUGCAAAAUGAGCUUGAAGGCCUUCAACUUCUCCGUAAUGACAUGUGGAUCCCUAUCCACCCUUUACCCAACUCUUUUAUUGUUAACACUGGAGAUCACAUGGAGAUAUUGACUAAUGGAAAAUAUAAAAGCAAUAUACAUCGCGCCAUUGUGAACAAGAACGCCACCAGGAUUACUAUUGGUACGGCGCAUGGGCCGCCGCUCGAUGCCGUGGUUGGCCCUGCCACUGAGCUGAUCGGGGACGACAAUCCCCCUGCUUAUCGUGCCAUCAAAUAUAAAGAUUACAUGCGUCUUCAACAGAGCAAAGAACUCGACGGAAAGAGUUGCUUGGGUCAUGUUCGCAUUUCAAUAUAGAGUUCAAGCAUUUAUGAAUUUCUUGCUUUGUUUGUGCUGUAAUUUAAUUUGAAUUGAUCUGCGCGUGAGCAUAAGACAAGGUUUUUUGCCUGCUGUGCCUUCCAAUAAUAUGGUUCUUAUUGAUGGUGAUAAGGAUAUAAUGAUUUAACCUUUCUGAGUGA